AUGGGCGGGGCGGAACGCGUGCAGAAGUGUGGAAUGGCUUGUCCUCGUCCGGCCGACGCCACCUCUGACUCGAUCCUUGCCGCUCUUCGGCUGCUUCCCUCCACAUCCACAUCGACAUCGACGACAUCAUCAGAACUCUCCUCCUCGCCCGAGUUCUCCUCGUAUCCGAAUUGUAGCUGCCAUGAUUUGGAAACGAUCGUUGCCAAUGAAUUCGACGUUUUUCUGUAUUGCGAGUCGUUUCCCUUUCAACAUCCAAUCUACACUCAAAUCAUCUACAUUCUUCUUUUCUCGGCGACGAUUUUAAUUGCGUUAAUCGGGAAUUUUACUGUUAUAUGGAUCGUUCUACGUCAUCGACAAAUGCGAACCGUCACCAAUUGUUAUCUGCUGAAUUUAGCCGUUGCCGAUGUGUCGAUAUCCGUUCUUAAUACCGGAUUCACAUGGUCCUAUAAUUUUUACUAUGAUUGGAAACUCGGCUUAUUCUACUGUCGUUUCAAUAACAUGAUGGGAAUUACGCCAAUAUGUGCGAGUGUGUUCACGAUGAUAGUGAUGAGCAUUGAUAGAUAUUGGGCAAUCGUACAUCCAAUGCGGCGACGUCCAGGAAAACAUGCUACGGUUGCUGUGAUCUUUUGGAUUUGGUUACUUGCGAUAAUUUGUGGUAUUCCUGCAUUUCUUGCUUCAAAGGUAUGA